GAGCUGGCGAACAGAUGAUGAGAGGAGUGGCAGACUUAACUAAACUUCCCCGAAUGACGCGCCCGGCCGCCCCUCCUCCCUGUUAGAAAGUUUCCCCUUCUCGCUUUUAGUUCUCCCGAUUUUGACGGAGCGGGUUAGGAGUGAGAAGCAGUCUCCAGUUAAAAGGUCCGAAUAAAGAUUAGACAUGAAAGCAGUCAGCGGGUAGAAAAAGGCACUAAAAAUCUUUUCCCCCAAGCGAGCGGCAUCAUGAAGCCACUGCUGCGCUUCAGCGUCUCUCUGUGGACUCUUCUGGUCUUCAUCGCUCUCCUCAAGAACUCCCAUGCACAAUGUUCUGCAAUGAAAUGUGGCAACAAUGAAACAUUAACAGUAACAACAACAACAGUCAAACAUGAACAUACACCAAACUGCACCUUAUCCACUGGGGGUAAUAUCUCUAGAGACAGUUUUCUAACUGGUCUGACUCCUGGAGCUGUCUAUGAAAUCUUCAUUAAUUGCUCAUCCUGCUGUGCAAACGUCACAUUGACGCCUGAUGUUGUCAGAAAUCUCACUGUCACAAACGUCACCACAUCCUCUGUGUCUGUGGACUGGAGCGAACCAGAAGGAAACAGCUCCUUCUAUAGAGUACAGUGGACAGAUGGACAAUUCAAUGACACUUCGUAUGUGUCUGAAACAUCUAUGACCAUUAGUAACCUGACUGCUGGUGUCCAGUAUAAAAUAAUUGUUACUGCAGUGGCAGAUGACAACCAUACUGACGGACAGAGCACUGCUGUUACUCAAUACACAAGACCAGGUAUAAUUGGAAACCAUCAUAUUGUGUCCCAAAACACCUCCUCCAUCUCUGUGAACUGGGCCUCACCUCCUGGUGAGGUGUUCAUGUACAGGUUGGAGUGGCACAAUGGUGGAGUGCUGAUGACUAGAUACACAAAUGAUACCUUUGCUGUGCUGUCAGAGCUGAUCUCUGGUACUAACUACACAAUCACCGUCACCGCUGUUGCUGGAGACAAUGAGACAGAAGGAGACCCUUACACAUUCACCUCAUUCACAAGUAAACACAUUUUAUCUAUUUUGAAUUACAGUUUCUGCUGUUUGUAGCUUGUUUGUAUGGGU